GAAGAGGGAGGAUGGCGGUUCCAUGGAGUAUGACACUGUGGAUGGCUAAGAUGGUGUGGAUGGCGUUGAGUUGUUGGGUUGUCUCUUGCUUCACUAUUGCUGAUGAGGUUGCUGCCUCUUUGAGAACCGGUGAUAUUGGUCCUUUUCAUGUUGGUUGACUGCUUUUCUACACAACAAUCAUGUUGAUGUGGGUCAUUUGUGGAUAGUGUUUUCCUUUUUGCUCUUCUCUUUUGUUUUCAUUUUGUGAAUUGUUGCUUGCUUUUUACAGAUUUUGUAUAUGUAUCAUUUACAGUGGUUCAACUAAUUUGAAUACUAUAUAUUUCCUCUCAGAUAAUUCAUUUGUUACAGCUA